AUGCCUCACACGGAAUUGCAGUCACCCCCAGGGCCCAGUUCCGACCCAGAUGACUCAAUUACACUAUCAAUGCUGCAUUCCCAGCUUCAUGAGUCUCUAACGGUAUCGCCGAUGCACAAGUCACCGGAUGAGCAGCACUAUCUCGAGGAUCUCAACGAAUCGCGAUCUGUUGAUCUUUCCCGUGCCAGCGCAGUCAUUCUGAUCACCACGCUUAGUGGAAUCACCUUUGUUGGCAGUAUGAGUGGUGGACUCUUGACUGUUGGUCUCCCAACCAUCGCAAAGGAUUUGGACUUAGCCAACAACUUGUUGCUCUGGCCUGCUUCUGUAUACUCUCUUGCAAAUGGUUGUUGUCUACUUCUCGCAGGCUCAAUGGCUGACUUUCUGGGCAACCGAGUGAUCAAUUUGACCGGGUGCUUUCUACUUGGCACAUUCAUUCUGGCAUGCGGUGUAUCGCAGACCGGCAUUCAAAUCAUCUUGUUCCGCACUUUCCAAGGCAUUGCGACAUCGAUGUGCCUUCCAACGGCAUUCAGUAUUCUGACCGACGCUAUGCCAACAGGUAAGAGAAGAAAUAUUGGAUUCGCCUGUCUUGGACUAGGACAGCCGCUUGGAUUCUCGAUGGGGCUCGUGCUAGGUGGUCUUUUUCAAGGCUCAUCUCUGGGGUGGAGAUUCGGAUAUUACCUGUGCGCAGGAAUUUCCAUGGUUCUCACGAUCGUGAACUUCUUCAAAUUGCCCAAGGAUGCCCAGCGCGAGCCAUUUUCAUGGCGGAGGCUGCGCUCAGAAAUUGAUUGGAUCGGAAUCGUUCUGUCAAGUUCUUGCUUGGGGAUCAUCUCUUACGUAUUUGCGACAAUCACCGACAGCCCGUCAAAUAUCCGCCGGGCAGAGAAUAUCGUCCUGCUGUGCGCCGCUGCAAUCAUGAUUCCUGCAUUUAUGGGAUGGAUGAACUGGCGUGAGAAGAAGGGGAAGUCUGCUUUGAUUCCAACCAGCUUGUGGAGGAAUACCGCAUUCACAUCGGUCUGCGUGAUGGUGCUGCUUUCCUGGGCUGUACUCAAUGGAAUGGAAACAAUACUCAGUCUGUUCUUCCAAGAAGUCCAAGAUCUGUCUGCUUUCCAGGCCGCUCUUCGAUUUUUGCCCAACGUGAUCAUUGGUAUUUUACUCAAUGUUGGCACCGGGUUGCUAGUCCACCGUCUUCAUGCAGAUCAUUUGGUGCUCGUCAGCACAUUCCUGAGCGCUGGCUCACCGCUUCUGAUGGCAGUCAUAGAUCCAAGUUGGUCAUGGUGGUACUGUGCAUUCUGGGCUGUGCUUCUAGGUCCCCUUUCAGCUGAUGUGAUCUUUACAAUUGCAAAUCUCAUUAUCACCGAUGCCUUCACGCCCAAAACGCAAGGCCUGGCGGGUGCAGUGUUCAACGUCGUCGCACAAUUUGGAACAUCUAUUGGGCUUACCAUUUUUGCCAUCAUUUCCGCCGGCGUCACUCAAGGGUCUGUCUAUUCAGACAAAGCCUCACCGGAGGCAUUGAUGAUCGGGUAUCGCGCCGUUUUCUGGACUUGUUUUGCGCUAAUGCUGGCAGCCUGCGGAGUCGGUGCAUUGGGAUUGCGCAAGAUAGGAAAGGUUGGAUUGAAGAGAGACUAA